UGAGAUCCGAUCUGAUGACAAAAAUUACCCAAAUCUACGCUCCCACAAGCUUACUCUGUUUUGCUCAUCUAAUCUACCGUCCCAACUCCCAAAUAUAUUGAGUAAACUUUGAAUAUUAUACCAACACCUAACAACUACUACCGCUCCAAAUCCCAAUCCCAUCUUUCUCCUUCCUAAAAAACUUCGAAUUCCAAUUCUAAUUUUGUGCAAAAAUGGCAAGGAAGAAGAUCAGAGAGUAUGAUUCCAAGAGGCUUCUUAAACAACAUCUUAAACGAAUUGCUGGCAUCGAUUUACCCAUUUGCUCUGCUCAAAUAACAGAAUCCACUGAUUUUACCCAAUUGGUGAAUGAAGAGACAUGGUUGUCAUCUUCUAGAUUGGUUGUUAAACCAGAUAUGCUUUUUGGUAAGCGCGGUAAGAGUGGCCUUGUGGGUUUGAAUUUGGAUUUGGCUCAAGUUGCUGAGUUUGUGAAAGAGCGGAUAGGGAAAGAGGUUGAGGUUGGAGGUUGCAAGGCACCCGUUACCACAUUUAUUGUUGAAGCAUUUGUUCCUCACGAACAGGAGUUUUAUCUAUCCAUUGUAUCUGAUAGGCUAGGUUGCACUAUAAGCUUUUCAGAGUGUGGUGGUAUUGAAAUUGAAGAGAAUUGGGACAAGGUUAAGAGCAUAGUUUUGCCAACCGAAAAAUCCUUGUCCAGUGAGGCUUGCGCUCCAUUGAUUGCUACACUCCCUUUGGAGAUACGAGGGAAAAUUGGGGAUUUUAUCAAAGGUGUCUUUGCAGUAUUCGAAGAUCUUGACUUUAGCUUCUUGGAGAUGAAUCCCUUUACAUUAGUUAAUGGGGAGCCAUAUCCAUUGGACAUGAGGGGAGAACUUGAUGAUACAGCAGCUUUCAAGAAUUUUAACAAGUGGGGCAACAUAGAGUUCCCAUUACCUUUUGGCCGGGUUUUAAGCCCUACCGAGAGCUAUAUUCAUUCUUUGGAUGAAAAGACUAGUGCUUCCUUGAAAUUUACCAUUUUGAACCCGAAAGGACGCAUUUGGACUAUGGUUGCUGGAGGUGGAGCUAGUGUUAUAUAUGCUGACACCGUUGGAGACUUGGGUUACGCAUCCGAGCUCGGGAAUUAUGCCGAGUACAGUGGAGCUCCUAAUGAAGAAGAAGUCUUGCAGUAUGCUCGAGUCGUUAUUGAUUGCGCCACAGCAAAUCCCGAUGGUCGUAAAAGAGCUCUCCUUAUAGGUGGGGGUAUUGCUAACUUCACCGAUGUUGCUGCUACUUUUAGCGGAAUCAUUCGAGCUCUACGAGAGAAGGAAUCAAAAUUGAAGGCCGCUAGGAUGCAUAUUUACGUUAGAAGAGGAGGUCCCAACUAUCAAACAGGUCUUAAAAAAAUGCGUGCACUUGGUGAGGAGCUUGGAGUUCCUAUUGAGGUAUACGGCCCAGAGGCAACCAUGACUGGAAUUUGCAAGCAAGCAAUCGAAUGCAUUAUGGCUCAGGAUUGACGAACUGCUUGCGCUUAAACGAAUAAUUGUUUUUUUUUUUUUUCGCGAAAGGUACAACAAGUGUGAAAUAUUCAAGAAACGAGUCAUGUGUCAAAUAGACUUGUUUUAUAGUUUUUUUUACUGCUUGUCUAUUUUUGUAUUUCAACUUGUAACAUUUACAACAAUUGAUGAUGGAUUUUUCUGUUGUACUAUCAAAAUGAAACCUCCGCAUUUACUACA